UAGCUGCCACAAGUCGGCGGAUUCGGUCGAUUUGACCGCUACAUCAUCUCUGAACGGUACCGGCGAGCUUCUCCCGUUGCAACAUUGACAAGAGAACGCGCGAAGAGAGACCGCACUGACCCCGUGUCCCCUGUGGAGUCUGUCGACCUUUGAUACUGGACCAGCGACAAAAGCUUACCAAGAAAACGCUAAGCGGUCGACGAUCUCCCCUCUUCUCUUGGAUUAUCGCCGUUUACGAUAUCCUUCGUGGAGCUUUUUCACGUUUCUUGUCUCACCUCAUCUGGGUACAUCAUGCUACCAAGAUUGACGCUCUCUGUUGCGCUACUCCUCCUAACAAUGGGAGUUAUGUUGUCGAAGGGAUGCGAGUUGGAUCAGAUGCGAUACGGAUGCCGCAUCUAUAAUGCACAAUGCAGUUGCGGCUACGGCUGCAAAUCCGAAUACAGAUAUGACAACAAUGAUGAUUGCAAGUUAGCACUGAAAGGAAGACGUAGCGACAUAUGUUCUCGAUCGAAACCUUGCCUGAACGAAGGCUCAUGUUCUCAAAUAUCGUCGGAGCCCGGAUUUAAAUGUCGGUGCGAAGGAACUGGAUUUUAUGGCACUUACUGCGAGACACCUUGUCCACGAUCAGACAAUACACUUUUCCGAGGACAAUUCCCUUACGAGUGUGUGGUGAUCUAACUCGAAUCUCUCCUUUUACUUUCAUCUGAAAUACAAAUUUGUCUUAAUAUGAUACAUACAUACAUACAAGGAAAGAAACACGUUUCAUAAAACAUAUUUACACACAUCUUUGUACAUACAUAAUAAAUAUUAAAACACACAAUCGUACGCCGUUCCAUCUCUCAUUUCCAUCCCUAUUCAGAAUAUUCUUGGGAUCUUCAUAACCACAAUCUUGGAAAUAGCUCGGUAAGUUACACCGCAAAAUAACUUUAUGGUUUUGAAAGAGCUCUGACGUUUUAUAGAAGGUAGAUGUAUUUCGAUGCUUCCACUGUUUAUUCAUCAAUAAUUUUACAAUAUGUAUGCACAUGAUGUGUUGGAUCCAUGAGUUUUGAGACAAGCGCUUAGUUUGUAUCGCUUGUGUUAUGUACUUUACCUUAUUUACGUUACUUCUCUCAUAUCUCUACAAUAAUGCCACACGUACCUCGCUUACCGUUUCAGAUGGCAAAACUUAUAAAACGUCUUACUUUUUACAUAUUUUUUUUUAUAAUUUCCAUUGUGUAUGUCCACAGAAUUAGUAAUACACACUAAUUUGAUU